AUGCAGCAAAGUUUAUUCUCCUUUAAGACUGCGGGGCCAAGGGGGCCCCCUCUAAGGGGGCCCCCCCUAAUAGGGGCCCCUCUAAGGGGGGCCCCCCUAAUAGGGGCCCCUCUAAGGGGGCCCCCCGUUAUAGGGGCCCCUCUAAAGGGGGCCCCUAUAAGGGGGGCCCCCCUAAUAGAGGCCCCUUUGAAGGGGGCCCCUCUAAGGGGGGCCCCCAAUAUAGGGGGGGCCCCUCUUAGGGGGCCCCCUCUUGUGGGGGCCCUCCUUCUGUUAAAGGAUGCUGCGAAGACUGUAUCUUCUAGGCCUUGUAGGGGUGAGGUGUACAUGCACUGGCAGUGCAGCAGCAGCAACAGCAGCAGCAGCAGCAGCGAUAGCAUAAGCGGCAGCGGAAACAGCAACAUCAGCAGCAGCAGGAGUGACAGCAGCAGCAGCAGCAGGGGAUGGCCUCCUGAGGCAGGGCAAUCUAGCGAAUGCAGUGCCGGCAGCAGCAAACAGCAGCAGCAGCAGCAGCAGCAGCAGCUUACUGCUACAGAGCAGCGGAGACCCGGGGGGACGGCUGCUGGUGGUGUGGACGCUGCAGCAGCAGCAGCAGCAACAGCAGCAACAAAUGAAGCAGGAGCAAUAGAUGCAAUUGCUGAUUCAACGCCUGUUGCAGAGCUUGAGAAGCAGCUGCUGCUGCUUCAGGCAGCAGCACGACGCCACUGCAGCAGCAGCAGGAGCAGCAGCACCACCAUCAGCCCGAAGGAGCUGCAGAUGCUGCUAAGAGGACCUCAGCAGCUCCUGCUGCAGCAGCAGCAGCAGCAACUGCAGCAACUGCAGAUGGAGCAUCUGGUUGAGCUGCUCCGAAGCAUCACUCGCUUGGCUCGCCCUUACAGACAUUUGCUGCAGCAGCAGCAGCUGCUGCUGCAGUGGGGCCCUCGUUGGCGCACUAAGGAAGCUGCAGCAGCAGCAACAGCAACAGCAACAGCAGCAGCAGCAGCAACAACAACAACAACAGCAGCAGCAGCAGCAGCAGCAGCAGCAGCUCAGCAGGGGUUAUCUACAACAGCAGCAGCGGCAUCAGCACUAGACACAGCGGCCGCAGCACCCAGCACAGUGGCAGUAGCAGCAGAAGCAACAGCAGCAGCAGCAACAACAGCAGCAGCAACACUUGCAGCAGUGCAGCGCUCUGCGAUUAAAGAAGGGAUUGAGGACGCACGAAGAGUGCAGACGCCUGCUGCUGCUGUACAGCAGCUGCUGCGCCUCGUGCGGCAGGUGCUGCUGCUGUCUCUUAGGUUGCUGCAGCAGCAGCAGCAGCAGCAGGCACAUCACCGUGGGGUGGUCCAGCAAGGCAGCCGUAGAAUGCUUCCGGGCGACCAGCUCAUUUCUGAAGUUCAGCAGCAGCAGCAGCAGCAAGUGCUGCUGUUGCAGCUGCUGCAGCAGCUGCGGUGUAUGGGCAUUAGCUGCCCCGGCUUCGUCGGUGCUGCUGCUGCAGCGCUGCAGCAGCAAAAGGAGUUGCUGCUGCCACCGAAGCAGCUGGUGCUGCUUCUCGACUGUUUUGCUGCAGCAUUCGUGCAGAUGCGGCAGCAACCUGCAGCAGGUGCAGCAUCAACAGCAGCAGCAAACAGCGCUGGUCUUAAUACUGCUGAUGCUACUGCUGCUGCUGCUGCUGCUGUGCAGAGGCUUUUUGUGAAGGCAGCUCGGAAGCUACAGGAUCUCUUCCGCCUCGAUGCGCAGCACCGCCGGCUGCUGCGGCAGCAGCAGCAGCAGCAGGAGGACGAGCAGCAGCAGCAGCAGCAAGAGCAGCAGCAGCAGCAGCACUUGCUGCUGCUGCAUCCUGGGGAGCUUGCCCAGUUGCUGCGUGCCUUUACCCGCGUAGGGGUUGUCGACCUUCGGGUGUACAGACAUCUCACCUCCACUUACCUUAUACGCGCACUGCAGCAGCAGCAGCAGCAGCCGCAGCAGCAGCAGCAACUGCUGCUGCAGCAGCAGCAACAGGAACAGCCUUCGGAAGACGGGCGGACGCGCUGCCGCCAGCUGUGCCGUCUGUUUGCUGCCUCUGUUGAUGCCAUUGCAGCAGCAGCAGCAGCAGCAACAGCAACAACAACACGACCACCUAAUUCCACAGCAGCAACAGCGGCAGCAGCAGCAGCAGGACGAGCAGCAUCGCAGCAGGGAGCCGCUGCAUCGGGAGAAAGGGCUCCGAGAAGGAUCUCUGGGCAGGCAGCGGCAGCAGAAGCACAUCCAGCAGCAGCAGCAGGAGAUCCAGCAGCAGCAGCUGCAUCAGCAGAUGCAGCAGCAGCAGCAGCAGCAGCAGCAGCCUUGAGGCCUCCGCAGGAGCUUGCCCAUCUCCUGUCGCGGUGUCUCGCGCCCUUGUGCGGAGGCCUCAGCAGCGAGUUGCUGCUGCUGCUGCCAGGGCUUUCAACAGCAGAAAUUUUGCUGCUGCUGCGCUCUGCGAGUCAGCUGCUGCUGCUGCUGCAGCAAAUGCAGCAGCAGCUACUGCAGCAGGCAUACGAACUGGGUUUGUCGCUGCAGCAGAAACAUCUCAAGAGGCUACAAGACAGAGAAAGCAACACAGCAGCAGCAGCGGCAACAGGCGGAGUAGCAGCGGAAGCAACAACAGCAGCAGCAGAAGCCACAGCAGCAGCAGCAGCGGCACCAGCACACGCGCAAGCAGCAGAAGCACAUGCAGCAGCAGCAGAACCAACUGCGCUGCUAGCAGCGGUUGCUGCAGGUGCAGCGGGAAGCUCAGCAACAGCAACAUCAGUAGCAGAAACAGCAGCAGCACCAACAGCAGCAGCAGCGCAGUUGCUGCAGUUGCGGUGCCUGAGAAGUUUAAGGCCUCUCUUAGAGGGUCUGGUGCUGCGGCUGUCUGACUGUAAUCACUUGCUGUCGCUGCAGCAGACAGUGCAGCUGCUGCAGCUGCUGCACCGCGUUGAUGCCUUUGCUGCUGCUGCUGCUGCUGCACCAGCAGCAACAGCAGCAGCAGCAGCACCACCACCAAUAUCGCUUGCAGGCCUCAUGAUGAGUAGGCCCAGUGUGCGUUUGCAAUUGCAGCACUUAUUACAGCAGCAGAAGCAGCAGCAGCAGCUGCAGCAGCAGCAGCGGCAGCAACAGCAGCAGCAGGCAAUGCAGGCGCAUCUGGGCCUUCUCCCAACGGAGCAGCAGCUGCCGCUGCAGACUCCGCCUCCUGCAGCAGCAGCAGCUGCAGGUGCUGCUGCUGUCCGGGCCCCCGUAGCUUUGCUGUUGUCUGCUUCUCGAUUUGUCUCUUGCUGCACCACUGGAGCUGUCUCUUCACUCCAGAUAAAUGCUGCAGCUGUUGCAGCAGCUGCUGCUGAGCAAUUGAUAGAACCUGAGCCCCUCCGUUUGCUGCCGCCUUCCCGGCUAGUGACUGUUGCUGGGGCCUUAGCUAAGUGCCUCGCAGCACCAGCAACAGCAGCAGCAGCAGCACAUACACGGAUUGGAACUGCAGCCACGGCAGCAGCAGUAGCUGCUGCUGCGGCUAAGCAGGAGAGCAGCAACAGCAGCAACAGCUGCAGCAGCGUCACCCUCUCUCCAGCCCCUGUAAGAGCUGCAGCAGACUCAGAAGAAGAUGAUGGAUUUGCGCUGCCCAGCAUCAGCAGCAGCAGCAACAGCAGCAGCAGCAACAGCAACAGCAACAGCAAUGGCAACCAAGGAGUAGAGGAGCAGUGGGAGGAUGGUUCUGCUGCUGCAGCAGCUGCUCCUGCAGCAGCAGCUGAUCCUGCUGCUGUGUUUAGAAGGGCUCUUGAGACCCUCAGUGGGGUCUUGUUGCAGCAGCAGCUGCCACCGAAGCGCUGCAGCAGCAGCAGCAGCAACAGCGAACUCGGCAGUGCAGUCGUUGAGGCAACAAAUUCCUCUUCACCUGCUGCUGCUGCUUCUGCUGCUGCUUCUGCUUCUGCUGCUGCUGCUGAUCUUGGAGCUGCGCUGUCUCUACGCGAGGUGUCUCUGCUGCUUUCCUCCCUCCUGAAGGCAGCAGCAGCGGCACCAGGAGGCAGCACCGGGUCCCACACAGCGAGGCUGCUCGAGGCAUCCUUUUACCUGCUGCAGCAGCAGCAGCAGCUGCUGCAGCAGCAGCACGUGGAGAUACUAGCAGCUGCGCUGCAGCAGACAGCAUCUGCUGCGGCUGUCCGUGAGCGCAGCACUGAGGCUGCUGGUGUCUUCUCAACAGCAGCAGCUAGUGAAGCAGCAGCAGCAGCAACAGAUGACGCUGCUGCUGCUGCUGCUGUCUAUAGGAGACUGCUGAGUGUAGCAGUUGAGGCAUACCUUAGACUAGGGAUUACAAAAUCAACCCCAAGCAGCAGCAACAGCAGCAACAGUAGUAGCAGCAGCAGCACAGGGGAUGAGGAGACAAUGGCUGCCACCGGCGUCGCGUUGUUAGCAGCAGCUUGCAGCAUAAAACAGCAGCAAAAUCCGCUGCAGCUCUUCCAGGGGGCAACGGAAGCUCAGCAGCAACAACAGCAGCAGCAACGGCAACAGCAGCAGCAGCAGCAGCAGCUUGUGGAUUUGCUGUGUGACUAUUUAAGCAGAUGUGCCCCCAAGGGGGCUGCUUUGUUCAUGAAGGCUUCCUCUGUUUCGCGUCGUUUCACUGCGCAGCAGCAGCAACAGCAGCAGCUGCUGCGCAAGCAUCAGCAACAGGAGAAGUCUUCUCUCCGACUUGCUGCUGCUGUGCUAGAGUGCGGAACAUCUACGCUGCUGCACGUGAAGACCGAGAUGGCUGCAGCAGCAGACAGGCUGCAGCAAACCCGCUGCAGCGAAUCCGUGGAUCCUGCUGCUGCUGCUGCUGCUGCUGCUGCUGCUGAGGUUGUGCAUGCCCUUCUCGGGUUUGGUAGUUUAAUUCGUGGCUUGCCGCCCCCCCGCAGGCCUCCACACUUAGCAGCAGCAACAGCAACAGCAGCAGCAACAGCAACAGCAACGGCAACAGCAGCAGCAGAAGCUGCGGCAGAAGCAGCAAAAGGAGCAGCAGAAACAACAGCAGCAGAAACAGAGUUGAGGGGGCGGGUGCGUAGAGCUGCAGUCGAGGGACUCCGCGGCUGUCUGCAGAUGCUGCGGCGUGGAGAUGAGUUGCUGCUGCUGCUGGCACGAGCUGCAGCAGAAACCGUCCGGGGGUCGCAGUUGUGCUUGGCUUUGUCUUUGCUGCAGCUUGCUGCUCCCGCUGCUCCUGCUGCUGCUGCUCCUGCUGCUGCCGAUGGGACAGGGAACGACCACCAGAGACAGGCAGCCGAGCUGCUGCUGGUGCUGCUGCAGCAGCGGCUGCUGCUGCAGCAGACACAAGACCCACACGGGACAAUUGAGGUCUCAGCAGCAGAACUGCGUGCUGCUGUUGCUGCAGCGCAGCGCCUGGGCGCUGCAGAACCCGUCAGGCAACGCAGUGGUGCAGCAGCAGCAGCAGCAACGGCAGCAGCAGCAACGGCAGCAGCAAAGGCCUAUCGCCGGAAGAGUCCUUUAGCACUGCAGCAGCAGCAACGACAAAAAAACCCAAAGCUGAAAAGCGCAUGCACACCAGGCGAAAGCGCAACGAGGCUGCAGCAGCCGCAGCGGCAGGAGCAGCGGCAGGAGCAGCAGCAGCAGCAGCAGCAGCUGCAGCAAUCCCUGCAGGCGUGUGAGGAGCUAAAAGAAGACCGCCUGAGCUACCGCUUGCUGUUUUCUCAAUUUAUUAUUCAUUUUAAUUAUCCAGCGGCAUACACAGACAUUGAAAAAGCUGCAGCAGAUCGAGCAGCAGCAGCAGCAGCAGCAGCAGUGUCGGCGACGGCUGUCUGCAUGAGCAGAGCCAAAGCUGCUCAGGGCACCUCCUCAGCAACAGCAGCAGCAGCAUCAGCAGCAGCAGCAACAUCUGCAGUAGAUGCUGCUACUCUUAAGCGCUUCUGGGCAUCAGCAGCAGAAGCAGCAGUAGCAGCAGUAGCAGCAGCAGCAGCAGCAAUCGCGACGGGAGCUGCAACACAACACCUAAUGAUCAACGGGGGACUCUGCGCAGCAGCAACACCAGCUAUAGCAGCCACAGCAGCAGCAGCAGCAUCAGCAGCAGCAGCAGCAGCAGCAGCAAUGGAGGGAGUAAUAAAAAGGCGGCGUUGGUACUUCGUUCGUCACGCGCAGUCUGUAAACAACAGGCGCAGCAAACUAGACAUCCCAGAGCUGCAGCAGCAGCUGCAGCAGCAGCAGCAACAGCAGCAGCAGCAGCAGGAGCAGCAACAGCGCGGAUGCAGCACUGCACGGAUUCCUGACGCUCCCUUGACGGAUCUGGGGAAGCAACAGGCGGCUGCUGCUGGUGCCUGGCUGCAGCAGCAGCAGCAGCAGCUGCAGCAACAGCAGCAGCAGCAGGCGAAUGCACCCAACCCGCGCAUUGCAGCAAUUGUUGCGUCUCCGAUGCUGCGAGGUGUACAGACAGCCCGAGAGCUGCAGCAGCAGCUGAAGGUACCUGUUAUCAUUCACCCCUUGCUGUUUGAGGCAGGCGGACUCUUUGAAGGAGAGAGAGAAGCAGCAGACUCUGCUGCUGCUGCUGCUGCUGCUCCUGCGCUGCAGCAACAGCAGCAGCAGCAGCAGCUGGGGCUCACGUGGAAGCAGAUGCAGGAAAUCUGCCCCGGAGCAGUACUUGCUGCUGGGAUCUCAUGGCCGGCUUGUGCAGCUGCUGCAGCAGCAAGAGCCGCGCCAGCAGCAGCAGCAGCAGCAGCAACAAAAGCAGCAGCUGGACCUGAUGUCAGCAGCAAAGCAGGGGUCGCGUCAUGUGGCUGCCACGAGGGCGGGACCAGCAGCAGCAGCAGCAGCAACUGCCUCGCAGCAGCAUCUUGCAGGGCCCCUCUCGGGGGAGGGUACAGCUCAGAGGGCCUCCUUAGAGGGGCCCCCUGGUGGUUGGGGCCCCGCGAGACAUUGUUAGGGACAUUGAGAAGGCUGCUGCUGCUGGUGAAGUGGAUAGACAGCGUAACAGCGCAUUCUGGCUGUACAGACACUGCAGCAGCAGCAGAAGCAGCAACAACAGAAACUGCAGAAGCAGCAGGGGACGCCUUAGCUGUGACAGGAGAUGCUGCAGCAGCAGCAGCAGCAGCAGCAGCUCUAAGAAGCGACGGAGCGCUGCUGCUAGUUGGGCAUGGGUUGCUGAUGGAUAUACUUUUAAAGGCUUUUGUAGCAGCGCCUGCUGCGGGAAUUUGCUGCUGCUCCUUUCUGCAGCAGCAGCAGCAGCAGUUGCUGCAGCUGCUGCAGCAGCAGCAGCAGCAGCAAAACGGUUGCUGCCGCCUUGCAGACGCCCUCUACGCACCACCGCAGCAGCCUAUUUACUUCCUCUCCCCCAACUGCUCCGUCUCCUGCAUUGACGUGAUCCUCCAGCAGCAGCAGCAGCAGCAGCAGCAGCAGCGGAUAGUGUGCGGGGCUGCUGCGCCUGGGGAUGGCGGCUGCAGUUGCUGCUGCUGCUGCAGCAGCUGCAGCAGCAAAGGCUUCCGCCGCACAGUUGGUGUUGUCUACUGGGGCUUGCAAGUCUUACCUCGAGACCUCUUCACAGGUCAUGCCUUAGGAUCAGCCCCCGUUGUUUCUAUCUGA